CUUCCUAACAACUAGAAAUAGCCUUUGAUGCCCUUCAAGUUCAUAAAUAAUAACAUUUAAUCAGAUGUACUAUGCAACGCAUGCGUCGCAACUCUUGAUGGUUCGUAAUUGGCAAUAGGAUAGGGGAUUAGCGAAUCAGAUUUCGAAUGAAAAUUGACAACAUUUCGAUUGCUCUCGAUCGAUAUGAUGCUAUGCGGUUUUGUGCGCUCUUCUAAUGCAUCGAGAUUGUUCCUUGGGGAAGGACUCGAAUGGAUAGGUAAGCGACAACGAAGGACCCACACCGUCGCUCGCCUGGAAGCCGCUUACAAGAGGAUCAAAGACAAGUGCAAAUCCAAGAAGCUUCCCAAAGAUGUUAAUGUGAAGGCUGUGUUUGCUUGCAAUGAGCUUGAUCUGAAGGAAGUCAAGGUUUAUGGCUUCGAUUAUGAUUACACCCUUGCUUGCUACAAGCCUUCCAUGGACUAUCUUCUUUAUAACUUAGCAAGGCAGACUUUAAUCGAGCAAUAUAAGUAUCCUAAAGAGAUUGGUAAAUUGGAGUACAAGCCAGGAUUUGCAGUUAGAGGCCUUCAUUAUGAUAUUGAGAAAGGCAUACUCCUCAAGUUGGAUUCUUUCCUGCAGAUACAGUUUGGCUCUGUGUAUAGAGGCUUGACUCCAUUAUCCACUGAGGAAGUCUUGCAUUUAUACAAGAACAGAAUAAUACCAAUAGCUUAUGUGGAAGGGCAAUCUAAAAGUGGCCAGCUAAUUUUGCAGGGAUCUCAUUCGAAGAUGGUUCAACUAGCUGACUUAUUUUCCGUUCCCGAAAUGGGUUUGCUCUGCAAUGUAGCUGAUUAUUUUGAGCGCAACCACAUAGACUAUCAUCCUGAGAUAUUGUUCAGAGACGUCAAGAGUUCUGUGAAGAGCUCGCAUCCGGUGAUGCACAAGAUCGUGUCACAGAACGUCUCCGAUUACAUAGAGGACAACAAAGAUUUACGGUACUUCUUUGAUCGUCUAAAAAGUGCCGACAAGAAGCUCUUCUUGGUUACGAACAGCCCUUACAAAUUCGUCAACAAGGGCAUGGAAUUACUAGUUGGUACUAACUGGAAGGACUAUUUCGAUGUCGUCAUUGUCCAAGCCAGGAAGCCGAGGUUCUUUACUGAUGAGUCUAGACCAAUCCGCGUGUACGAUGAGCGUAGCGGAACUCACAUUUGGGACAGAGUUACCAAGUUAGAAAAGGGCACUAUUUAUUAUGAAGGUACUGUUAAACAGUUGCAAGAGUUGACUGGUUGGCGCGGUCAUCAAGUCCUCUACUUUGGGGAUCAUCCUUACAGCGAUUUAGCCGACGUCACCUUGGAGCACGGUUGGAGGACUGGAGCCAUCAUCAACGAGUUGUCACACGAGAUCGAGACAUUGAACAAGGAUCAAUUUAAGCAGGACGCAAAUUGGCUUCAGAUGCUAACUCAACUGAUCGAGGAUAAUCAGGACUGCGAGGAUGAACUCGAGCAGUUUGUGUUGGCCCAAUGGAUGGCGGAGCGGGAUAAAUUACGCAAUGAUAUCAAAUGCGUCUUCAACGAACAGUUCGGUAGCGUCUUCCGCACUUACCAUAAUCCAACUUACUUCUCUCGUCGUCUCUUCCGAUUUGCUGAUAUUUAUACUUCUAACAUUACGAAUCUUCUCAAUUAUUCCGUUAAUCAUACCUUCUAUCCUAGAAGAGGCGUCAUGCCUCAUGAAUAUAUUUCAUACUUUGUCUAAGCCAAAAUCUACGUGAAUCCGAAAUGUGCCUCGAACGUAUACUAACUACCAUUCUAUCGAUGAAGACUGUAUUAAUUAAUAUCAGAGCCGCUGUUCUCUAGUUUUGUAAUCUUUUUGUUUUGUUUUUCUUUUUUGGAAUGAAAUUUGUGGCCAACUACAACAGAUAAUUCAUUACAAGCCGGUAAUAAUUUCAUUC